AUGUUGAAACAUAAAGCUAAAUUUCGUGAUCUUGAGCUACCGAGCUUACCCCUAGAAAGUCGCUCUAAAAGAACUACCGAUUCAGGAAUCAUAUACCAAGACCAAUUCACAAGGAAGAACUUGAAAUCCGUUCUACAUUUAAUAACACAAGAGCUAAAGAAGAGAGGGACCAAGACACCACACAUCUUCUUACCUUUCAGGUCGAAAAUUAAAGAUUUCAAGUUGAAUGAAUUGCUACUACAACUUAUGCCACAAGGAAAAUUGAUUCAAGAUGUUACAAAAUGCAAACAGAUAUGUCUGGCAACAGAUGAGUUUACGCUAAUGUGUUGUCUUAAAUACUUUUGGGCGAGGUUACCAAAUAGUGAAAUUAUCGGAUAUGAAGUAUAUCGUGAGUUUAAAAAGAAAGAGGCGGAGCAAAAUUAUCCCAAGAACGCAUUUUUAACUAUCAUGCCCAAAUGUUUAUCUUCCCCUGCUCAUGCAUCCAUUGUCUACGACUUCCUUGAUUUGAUCUUGAGUAUCACAUCAAAUACUCCAUAUAACAACUUAAGCGGGAGAAAAAUCAGCAAAAUGGCUGGUCUUUGGGCCUUCAAUCCACAAAGAAGCAUCAGUACGUCAAUUUUCUCAGACGAUAGCAUUGAAGCAGAACACGAUUUUGUAGAAGGUAUAAACAACUGGAAAAAGACAACGGAUGCAAUGUUUCACUUGGUGUUGGCGUUCUUGCGAGCAAUGUUACCAGAAAACAAUGCUGAAACAUUAAAAUUGCCAAAGACUCUACAAAGUUUGCUCGUUACGUCCAAGUAUCCUCCGUCAUCCGAAAGGGAAAGCGCACGGAGUAUUAAUAUACCUUGUGUAUGCGUGACUACCACGAAACCCUCGGCCACUGUCUACGAUUUGAUUAGCAAAGUACGACACAGCUUGACAUUUGAUAAAAAAGACAUGUUUUCCAAAGAAAAUUAUACCAUAUUGAGAAAUGUUUUUGAAAAGAAAAGCACCAGUGAAAUUGUUGAUGCGUUUACAGAGGAAUCAAGAAGGAUUAUUGAGCGAAUCACCGAGGAUCCAAUUGACAAUAACUUCAACUUGAAACCAGGUUGGGCUUGUCCGACCAUAAGUGCAAAACUUUCUAAAAAAGAUGUGUCUUUGAUCACACGCGUCAAUAUCAAAGAUGUAUCGAUUCAAGAUUACUUCAUUUGGGCUUGGUUAUCCUCCCUUGCCAGUGACCAACCACCGCUGGUCAAGAAAACAUUUGGUAGAUCUAUUGUUGUUGAGGUGGAAGUUUUAGGUUUUCAAAAAUGGAUAGUUGUCACGGAGAAAACAAUGGAUGAUGAAGCAUAUUCUUUUGAACGUAAGCUUUUGCUGAAGGAGGCCGUGCGUAAGAAGGACGAGAAUACUCCAUUACCUCCGAUCCCUGCGGAGAGUAUCUCUUAUUCGAUUGAGAAAAAGCUGUUACCAUUGCCCCCAGUGCCAACAAACUUAACUCCUGAUAGGGAACAAGGUGCUUAUGACACCUCUCCUGAGCCUGUGUUGCCUCAGGAACUCAUUGACGUUUAUGAACAAUUUGAACAACUGUUUGGUGAGGAGGACUUAAUCUACCCCAACUCUGUAGAUGCAGGAGAAUUGAUGCGUCGAGAACAAAUGUGUGGAUCCAACGAUGCAGAGCCUGACUUGAGUGAUGUUUCCUCGAGGUUUACAAAAGUUACAGUGGGUGACAUGUACGCUUCUAAUAAGAGUGGAACUCCAACUCGAAAAGCGCCACCUGAGCUUAAUGUGGAGUUUUCGCCAAAUCGUCUGGUACCAUCAAAGAGCUCUCUGGUUCCUGCAAUCCCUGGGCUGUUUGAGACUCUGGAUGGACCCGAUCAUCAAGAUGCAGUACAGCAGGCUCCAGUGGAUUCUGGACAAACUCACUUGGGUGCCGAGUCGUCCACUUAUCAAGUGAAAAGUAUGUUGAUUUAUUCCAAUGAAGACGCCAAAGAAAGGAAGAGAAAGAAAAAAGAGAAGAAAUUACAAAAACAGGCAGAAGCUGCCCAGCUUGCGGCCGCCCAAGCUGCUGGAUUUUCAGGCACCAUUUUACCACUCGAUUUACCUCCCCCAGUUAUAGGUUCAUGGGAGUCGUUAGCUCCACCAGGAUUGAGUGAACCGAUAGAUCAGCCUCAAGUACGGCUAACACCAUUACUCCCGAAUAAGGAUGCAUUUUUAGAUAGUGUUGGUUCCCCUGGAAGUAUGGAUAAAAAUAAGUCAUUGCCUGUACUCACUGAUGAACCAAAUGAUAGAGAUCCCCAUGGAACUGUAUCAAAUGAUACGAGUAGCUCGAUUCCAAUGCAUUUAGAGACAGUUCAUGACGAGUAUCACGGAAUCAAGUCGCCUAUGUUGGAUAGACCUAGUGCAUCUCCAGAAGUGUACACGCAAGUCGUCACAGAAGAAGUACCCAUUGGAAAUAAACUGCCAGUCUAUGCUGAAGAGCCUUACUCUCAAAUUGUGUCUCCUCAAAUUGCGUCAUCAAUGCAAGUCCCUCACAACAAAAGAAAUCCUUCAUUUUCAAAACAAACUGCUUCAUCACCAACGGUUGUUCGUCCCCCCCCUCACACACACAAUGGCCAUGACACCCAUACGUUGGUAAGAGAAGCCUAUGAGAUGCAUGAAAAUGAACAUCAUCUGGUACUUAGCACCAUUGGCACACAAAGUGCUCACAGCGACUCAAAUGGUGGUGUAAUGUCUGAUAUGGCACACAUGAACAAUUUAGGUCCUAUGAAGCAUCACAAGCGUAUAUCGCCAGCACCCUCUCUGCAUCUGGCUCGACUGGGGUCUCCUUUGUUGCAAAACCAGAGUAGUGGAAUUAACGGACACUACCCAAGAAAUUAUGAUUCAAGCAGGUCGUCUGGAGGUUCCAAUACGAGUCAGCUGUUAGUACCACAGCCCACUCAGCAAUCAGUUACACAGACAAUACAUCAACCCAUGCAACAACCCAUGCAACAACCCAUGCAACAACCUAUGCAACAACCUAUGCAACAACCAGUGCAACAACCUAUGGGCCAGUUUUAUCCACAACCAGUGCAGCACCCAAUUUACCAACAACCUAUGCGCAGUCAGAUGCUGUCACAAAUGCCACCACAAAUGCCGCAGACGACCUAUGCACAACCAAUAUACCGGUCAUAUCCUCCAGGUGGGUACCAGUCGCAAUUCCAGCCUGCUCCUGGUUGGCGUCACCAACCUCCACCUGGCGGUCCAAGCCAUCAUCUGGCUAAUGGUAUAGCAGCACCUGCUUCGAUGAAUAUGGUUCCUGUAGGAGUAAAGCAUAAUAAAAACAAGGUCGCCAAUAAAGCUAAUUUACGACAUGCUUUGAUCGAUGGUAAUUAUGGGAUCUAG